AUGUCGGGAAAGGUUGUGGAAGAUGUUGUGUACGAUGUAUAUCUAAACUGUUUGCUAGGAGCUUUUGCUUGGUGGGUAGGCAGAUCAGUAAAUGCAGCAGGCAAUGCGGUGCUCUCUGUCGUAGAAUUUAAUUUUGGAUAUUUUGAAAGGAGUGUCGCAAGAAUAUCUGCAAAGAUAGAGGAUCAAAACGUGGGAUCUAUUUCUCGAAAUGGGAAUCUGUUGCACGUGGUUGCACAGGUAAUGUUUUAUGAUUUUCGUCCUCGUAGUCGCAGUCGUAGUCGUAGUCGUUUUGAUUUUAGGGAAAAAGAAAAGGAGGGAAGAGAUUCGGAGAAAACGGUUUUGCGGGAUUCGGAAUUUGUUGCUUGUUGCUCGUUGCUCGUUGCGUUGCGUUGA